AUGUCAGUUGACCCAUUGGAAGACCACGUACCCAAGUAUGUUCUUAAUGAGGACGAUGACAACACCAAUGUAGUUGAUAGUGUUGAGACCUCUACUGCGCGGACUGCUUGGAGGACUCAGUUGGCGAAUGAAAUGUACGAGGCAUGGUGGAUAG